UACGGUCGGAAAUCGUACAUGCGGCGAGGUUGAGAUUUGGGAUUGUUGUUAUAGGCGGGUUUAAAAAAUAAAAUAAAAAACCAUUUUGGGGUUGUUCCCCUCCCUUCCCCCUCCGUUCGAGUCCGUGCCGUUCUCCGUACCUCUCAUUUCUUAUUUUCUCCCCUUUCGUACCAACAUACACCACCAUCUUCGAGUCUCUCUCUCUCUCUCCUCUCUCUCUCUCUCUCUCUCAUCUCCUCUCUUGCCAAAUCUGUCUAGAUUGGAAUAAGAGGGAAAUCAAUCAAUUAAGCGGAGCAUGCAUGUUUGAGGGCUCAUUUCUCUACAUUAUUAUUCUUCCACCACCUCUCGUGAGUUUGCCGCAAUGUAUGUGAUUUCCAUUUUUCGUUUUUGUGCGCGCGUACGUAUGCAUAUCUAUUUGGCUGCAGCCGAUGGGAUCUCAUCCGCCCAAUCGAUUCCCUUUGCUUGAAUAAAUGAAUGGACCUCGAUUGAUUAUUGUAGUUUGAAAUUGGGGAUGGAUAUUCGGUUUUAAUAUCAUAUCUAUGCUUCGGCUACCAACCAGCCAACCAACCUCUCCUCUGAUUGCAUUGCGAAUCCUUAUCGUCCUAAAUUUAUUCCCCGGUGAAUCCUCUCCGAUUCCGAUUCCGAUUCCCUCAAGCGGAGUGGCGGGUGGGGGAGGGGAGAAUAUUGCAGUCCAGAUUCAUUUUUGUGGAGGAGGAAUAAGAUGCAUGAAUUCGAUAACUGCUUCUCUUUAGCGUAAUUCUACUUUUAACUUAACUUUGAAAUGAUUAUCCUUUUGCUGCUGGCAAUUUCAGCAUGUAUUGAGAAUCUUGAAGGAUCAGCCUAAUGUUGCAGACAUACAUUUUUCUCACUCCACAUCUUUUGCCUUAUCUUGUUGGCUGUUGAUGUAUUGCUUGCAUUGCACUGUUUACUCGGUGCUGUAGCGCUUGGGCUGACGAGCUAGUCUGCGAUUAUUUGUCAAGUGCAUGCCCUUCUGUUGUUCUUAUCCUUUCAUUAUUCGUAGCUAACAAAGGUAAAUCUGGCUGAGCAUUGUUUCCUGACGAUAUCCACUGCUUAUGCUAUUGAUGCCGUUUAGUUCGUAAUAUUGGAGACUCUGUUUGUGAUAUUUCAAUCACUUGUGAAAAUUCGUCUUUGUAAGUAUACCUUUCUACAGACGUAUAGAACUAUAUGGCACCCAGCAAAAUCUCUGUAAUGAUCUCAAAGCCAGUGAUGCUAGUUUUGCUUGUUUAUCCGUACCGUUUUGACAGUCUUUAGUCAGGAAUGUGGGUGGAAAAUCACCAAAGGUUGAUUGGCAAACGAACAAGUUAAUGCUCUGCUGAUGGACCACCACAUCAAAUUUCGAGAGUAUCCAGUAGAUCACAUCCCUAUUGUUUACCACAUCCAACAAGAUGAUGAUGAUGCCAAUGUUUCUGGUGUAAUUUUUUCCCCUCCUAAUUAAUAACUAGUACCUGCAUGAAGGACAAGCAUUCAAGCCUAAGUUAAGAUAAUGAAAUUCUCUUUCCCAUUUGUUUCCCGUGUUUGAUGUUGUAUACAUGAUAGUGAUAAAGCCGUAGUCUACUUUGUUCUUUAUUUUAUUUGCUGCAUUCUUCAUCUAGAAUGGCACUAAUUACUCUCUAUCUGUGGCAGACUUUGUUCUUAAGAUGCAUCUGAAGUUGGAGAGCCAAGUGAUUUAGCAUGGUACACACGAGUAUAUUUGUACAGCAUGGAAAAGUAAAUCAGUUAUAGAUGCUGGCAUAUUGUGUGAUAAAGAUUUUGUUCAACUUGACAUGACACUGAUGUGCAUCAAAUUCCAGACGUCAAGAUAAUAGGGUUUACUAUUUGAUCUGCUCCACUUGUAUACAUGAAGUAAAAUGAGUAGGACGACUUUGUAUGGAUGCAUAUUGCAACAUGACUUAUCUUAAGCUAGGAAAAAAACACUAGUAUACAGGAUAGUCUUCAGCUGCUCAGUCUAGAAGUAUGGAAGAAUUACCUUCGGUAUCUGAGGAUUCUAACUGCAAACCUACCAGUUCAAAUGAACAGCCCGGCUCCCAAUCUAAAAUUGGCAAAAAGCCUAUUGUGCUUAAAAGCGGUGACAUCGAUGGACUACUGGAGUGUCUGGUGUGCAGUAACUCUAUGUUUCCACCUAUACAGCAGUGUCCGAGUGGGCAUACUCUCUGUAAUUCCUGCAGAAACAAAGUUAACAAUAAAUGCCCAAUAUGCAGAAAGGAAAUAGGCAACAUAAGAUGCUUGGCACUGGAGAAGUUUGCCGUUGUUCUUCAUUUGCCCUGUACUUACCAUCAUUAUGGCUGCAGUGAAAUGUUCCCUUACUACAACAAGCUGCAGCAUGAAGCACAGUGCAUCUUCAAGCCAUAUUUAUGUCCACAUCCAGGAUCAAACUGUCCCUUCAGUGGGGACAUCCCUGCUCUUCUCUCUCAUCUUCAGGAGACCCACAAGGUUGACCUUCAAGCAGGAUGUACCUUCAACCAUCGUUAUGUUAAACAGGACCCUUGUUCAGUUGAUAACCUGGCAUGGACUUUAACUCUAUUUAACUGCUUUGGCUAUUACUUCUGUCUACAUUUCGAGGCAUUCCUGCUUGGGCGUGAACCAAUGUAUAUGGCUUUUGUUCGCUUUAUUGGUGAGGAAUCAGAAGCGAGGAAGUUCAGUUAUUGCUUAGAGGUUGGUGGGAACGGGAGGAAGUUAACAUGGCAGGGUGUUCCCCGCAGCAUCCGGACCCACCACAGAGCAGUUCGGGAUAGCCACGAUGGGCUUGUACUGCAGAGGAGCCUGGCCCUCUACUUUUCCGGUGGUGACAGAAAGGAGCUGAAGCUCAGGGUCUCAGGCAGAAUCUGGAGAGAGAUCGGAGCGAUAAAAAGAAUCAAUUAGUAGCGUUUUGUUUCAUUAGGUGCUUGUAUUCUGUUUCUCCAUUUCUUUCAGACUGACUAUUUGACCUCUGUGGCAGUCAGUUGCUGCGUCAGAUAGAUAGGGCCAUGUAUAAAUUUGCUUUAUUUUACUGCCAAAUAGGGCACGAUGGAAUGCAAAAUAGCAUUUUAAGGAAUUGUUUUGUGAAACACUGAAAGUGCGAGCUUUGGCUUACCUGCUUCAUUUGAUCUCAA